UGCUUAACUGUCCUUGUGAUUCUUUCACAGACACGUGACACAGACGAUACGGACGAUGUGGAGAUUGCAGUGGACAACGUUGCCUUUAUGGAUGAAUUCUUCAGUCAGAUUGAGGAAAUCCGCAGCAGCAUUGACAAGGUUGAUGAAAAUGUUACUGAGGUGAAGAAGCUAUACAGCAUCAUCCUUUCAGCUCCCACAACAGACCAGAAAACCAAAGAUGACCUGGAGACAUUAACAAAUGACAUUAAGAAGCUAGCAAACAGCGUACGGAACAAACUCAAGAGUAUUGAACGCAACAUCGAACAGGAUGAAGUACGGUCAUCAGCUGACUUGCGGAUACGGAAAUCCCAGCACUCCGUCUUGUCUAGAAAAUUUGUGGAAGUGAUGACCAAGUAUAAUGAGGCCCAAGUUGACUUCCGGGAACGGAGUAAAGGGCGGAUACAGAGGCAGCUGGAGAUCACUGGAAAAAAUACCACAGAUGAAGAACUGGAGGAAAUGCUGGAGAGCGGGAAUCCGGCCAUUUUUACAUCAGGGAUUAUCGACUCCCAAAUCUCCAAGCAAGCACUCAAUGAGAUAGAAUCUCGGCAUAAAGACAUACUAAGACUGGAGAGCAGCAUCAAGGAACUUCACGACAUGUUUGUGGACAUCGCCAUGCUAGUGGAGAAUCAGGGAGACAUGCUGAAUAAUAUCGAGAUGAACGUGUCCCAGGCGGUCGAUCACGUUGCAGCAGCCAAAGAGGAGACCAAGAAAGCGGUCAAGUACCAGAGCAAGGCGAGAAAGAAACUCAUCAUCAUCAUUGUGGUGGUGACAGUUGUACUCCUCAUCAUCCUGGCUAUAAUCCUGGGCACAACCCUCAAGUGAUCGCCCACCCCGUCCCCACACUUUACCCAGUCUUCCCUUACUGUGGUAGCAUCUACAAUGGUUUCCAUCCAGUCUUCCUGUUCACCUCACCCCUCCUCAUCCUCCUCGACGCUUUCCACGGUCCCCUAUCCUGGACUCGGCUGGCACAGAAAUCGCAUGGAAGCUGCUCCCUCCAACAGUCUGGUGGAAUUCCUGCUCCUUGUUGUUGCCUCCAUGCCUCCCUUAUAGGAUUAAGAACUCCAUGGAUGGCUAACGUGGCUCUUCCUCGCACUUGUGUCAUAUUUACACACACGCCGCACACAUCAAACAGUCGUGUGCAUGGGGUUCUUUUUUAUGCGUGGAUUGUUGUCAUAAAGGCUGCUGUUGGUGGUCCCCGUGUGUGCUGUGGGUGCUCAGAAGCAGAUUUGCACAUUCGGUCCUUAGCCGGGCUCAGGGGGCCACGAGCGACGACUCUGCCCCACCUCCAUUUUUUUCUUUAUGAGCUAUGAAAGUUAAGGUGCCUUUUUAACAUGAGUUUUGUUUUACGGGGGUCCUUGAUUUUAUCUUCCUAUGGAACUACACUCAGGAUCCGGGGGUUUGGGGGCUAUUGGAGCUGCCUUGCCAAAGAUGAAGACUCCCGGCAUAGUUUUGGGGGUCCUGACCAGCCAUUUGCAAUGGCGCUGUCACCCCUUACACAACCAAAGCCCCAGAGACCUGGCUCCCAUGAAGAAAAUAUGUAUUUUUUUUUUAACAAAAUAGUACAAAAUGUUGAUUCAUACUAGAACUUUUUAAUGUAUACA